GAGGCUUACGGACUCUAUUACCGGGUUGGGCGGGGCGGGCCGGGGCGGGGAGGGGUUUGUGGGUGAGCUCUGGGUCCCCCGCCCGCUGAGGAGAUGGAUGAGGAUGGGCUUCCUCUCAUGGGGUCAGGCAUAGACCUGACUAAGGUGCCAGCCAUACAACAGAAAAGAACGGUGGCAUUUCUAAACCAAUUUGUGGUGCACACUGUACAGUUCCUCAACCGCUUUUCUACAGUUUGUGAGGAGAAACUGGCAGACCUGUCUCUUCGUAUUCAGCAAAUUGAAACAACUCUCAAUAUUUUAGAUGCAAAGUUGUCAUCUAUCCCAGGGCUAGAUGAUGUCACAUUUGAAGUAUCUCCUAUAAGUGUCACAAAUGAAACACAUUCUGAAACCACUUCAGAGCAAUCACAGCAGAACAGUUUACAAGACUCUGGACCACAGGAAAGUGAAGUAACACCAGAAAAUAUCUUAACUGUAGCCAAGGAUCCAAGAUAUGCCAGAUAUCUCAGAAUGGUUCAAGUGGGUGUUCCAGUGAUGGCAAUAAGAAACAAAAUGAUAUCAGAAGGACUAGACCCAGAUCUUCUUGAGAGGCCAGAUGCUCCAGUGCCUGAUGGUGAAGGUGAAAAAAAUACAGAAGAAAGUUCAGAUAGUGAAUCUUCUUUUAGUGACUAAGCUUAAUUUUGAUAACAAUUACACAUGCAUGUGUUGGUGCACAUUUACAUUCUAUAAGAAAGAGAACCUGAACUUUACCUCUUAGUCAUAAAAACAUCAAAUGGCUAUGUAUCCACCACCAAGCUUCCUCUAUGUUAAAAAUAAAUAAAGCAUUUAUAAUAA